UGUCCAGAAACCUAAAGUUACAGCUUUACCUCUGACUGUUACAAAGAGCCGACACUGGAGACUCCUUCCAUAAGUGUUACGUAAACGUCUCCUUACAGAAAACUCGACCACAUCAACCACACGUUUACACACACUUUCUUAAAAUCUUUUGUGUGUGUGUGUGUGUGUGUGUGUGUGUGUGUAUGGAGCGCCCGCCGUACAAGUCGCUGUGAAUGAGCUGUUACAACCAUGUCAUCUCAUCUCACUUUAUUUAUAAAGCACAAUUAGAACAACCACAGUUGAGCAGUGUGCCGUACAAUGUUCUAAAAAGAAUUAUAAAUACACCAAAACCAAUAAAAAACAAAACAACAUAUCAUGUCAUAUCAAUCUAAAUGAGAGUACAGGUAGAGAAACAAAUGAAAGAAAGAAAGAAAGACAAGAGAAGAAAUGAUUUAAAGAACAAAACAGGAAAAGAAACAAAGGAAUGAAAAAUAAGGAAGGAAGGAAAGAACAGGAAGAGAAACAAAAGAAAGACAAAGAAAGACGAGAAAAAAUAUUUAAAGAAAAAACAGCAAAAGAAACAAAGGAAUGAAAAGAAAGAAAUAAGGAAGGAAGGAAAGAACAGGAAGAGAAAAAGAAAGAAAGCAUUUAAUAUAGCAUUAAUAUAAACCUUUUGAUUUGCACCUGCACUACUGUCAGAGCUGCUGUUGUAGAAAAUCAACACCUUCUGACCAAUCACAAUCCAGAAUUCAACAGCGCCGCGGUAAUCGCUGCCGUGACGUUGUGACUUUUAUUUUGACAUUAAAGGACGUUAAAAGGUUCCUGUCGGCCAUCUUAAAAUCUGUUAGCCCUCUGAGUCACAGUGUUCAGCUAAUUUGUUUAAAUAAUAUAAAAACAUAUAUAUGCUGUAUAUAUGUAUAUAUAUUAUUUAUAUUUAUUCAUAUAAUUCAGUUUUAUUGUACGAUUUUACACAAAAAUAUUUUUUAUUCAGUAAUUUGUGCCUUUAGUGUUGUCGCCUUCAGGGGUUAAUGUUCCUGAACUCGGUGAAUUGAACAUAUUUCUCCGUUAUGGAUCCUCUGAGCCGGCUGAACGUCACGCAUCUUCAGGAUCCGCUUCCCACACCUCUGGAUCUCACCAAGCAGAUCUCCGAGGCUCUGGAUCUGGUGCGGAAGAAGCGGAGCCGGAGCGACCACGCCUCAGGGACCGACGGUAUCCGUCCUCCUCGCUCGGAGUUCGGGUACGAGUCCGCAUGUGUGCCUUUAAACGCCUCCCUGCCAAACGGGCUCGCCCAGCAACCUGCGAAGACUCUGAUGAUCGCUACGGGAAACGUCCAGACUGAUGACGCGACUGUAAAAGAAACCGAGUGGCGGCACAGGACGGGAGGGGGAAAAAACGAAAGGAAGGGCGCUCCUCCAUCACGAUUACGUUCCUGGUUACCUGCCGUCGAAACCCUGUCGUCAGAGUGUUCCGGAUCCGUACAUGUGGAGAGCAUUUCCAGCGACGACAGCGGUGUGAUCGAAAAUUCUUCUCCGAACCUGAUAGAAUGGGACGUGAUCCAGGAUAGCGACUCGGUGGAAUCCAGAAACGUACCGUCUACCUCAGAGGCGGAAAAUACAGACUUCUUUAAGCCGACACAGAAUGGAUCAACGUCAUCGUCAUCGUCGAGCCAGGAGAGGGCGCCAGCGACUAAGGAAAAUCAGAGAAACCAACAGUGCGUCAGUUCUUCAGCAGGCAAGAAAGCAACAGCGAGUGCGGCGAAGAGGAGGAGGAAGAAGAAGAAGCGCUCCGGUUUAUCCUCGUCGUCGUCUGCGUUUCCUUCAAACGAACCCGAGAUCAAGCUGAAGUACGUAAGCUGCAAGGAGGGGAAGCGAGAAAGCAGAGGGAAAUCCUUCGCACCAUACGUCCGCAUGGAGUUCUCCGCCUGCACCGUCGUCAACUUCGAGGAAGACGGUGACUUCCAGGCGAGGAAGCCCCGACAGCCCGUGACGUCCCCCGGGAUCGUCCCCACCACGUCGUGUUUCCAGCUGGGACGCCUCGGGUCAGAGGGCAAGCGGCAGACCGGCGAGAUGUGCUGCCUGUGCGGCCGGAUGGCCAACGCCACAGGUUUGGGCGACCUGCAUGGACCGUACCAUCUCCACGGACCCGAGAGGAAGACGUCUGCGGAUCUCCUGAUAAACAGACACGAAGAUGCCAGCGCGAAGAAGAAUCGGACGUCAGAUGAGGUCGGAGAACGCUGGGUUCACGAGGACUGCAGUAUCUGGUCGGCAGGCGUUUUCCUCGUUAAAGGAAGGCUGUACGGACUGGAGGAGGCGGUCAGGAUCGCGCAACAAGCCGUCUGCUCGUGUUGCCACAGCUGUGGUGCUACGCUGGGAUGCUUCUUCAAAGGCUGCCCGAAUAAAUACCAUUUCCCCUGCGCUCUCCAGGCUGAAUGUGUGUUUAAUGAGGAAAACUUUACUCUGAGAUGUCCGAAGCACAAGGUAGCGCACACACACACACACACACACACACACACACCCACACCAUUAAGAUCUAGUCAGUAUUAGAUAUUUGUUAUGCUGGUUGCUGUGUUUAUUUAUUGUACUAAUAAUAAAUAACUGUUUGUUGUUUGUUCCUCAGAGUAAAUCAGGACUCGGCGUGAGCAGACUGCAGAACAGGUGACGCUGUAAAGGCUGUGGAUGACCAUCACGGCAAUUUGUUAUUGUACUUUUUGUUUAUUUUUAGCUUUAACACAGUUUUUUUUUUUUUUAAAUAAAUUAGAAUUAAAAUGUAGCGAUUAAAAUGAUCACAAUAUUAAUAAUCAUAAAAUGAGAGAUAGAGUGCAAGCUCCGAUUUAUAGAACUCAUCAGUUUCCCCCUGGUCUUUUUAUUGCUUUUUAUUUUUCUCUCUUUUGCAUUAUUGUUCUUCAUUUAUUACGGAUGGACCCUGACGAAUAUUUAAUGAUAUUGUUCAAUCAUACAAGUGUGCUGUUUAGUACUGAGAAAUAAUAAUAAUAAUAAUAGUAGUAGUAAUAAUAGUAAUAAAAAUAAUAGUAAUAAUAAUAGUAAUAAAAAUAAUAGUAAUAAGAAUAAUAAUAGUAAUAAUAGUAAUAGAAAUAGAUAUGAUAAUAAUA